UUCUAGAUUUCUCAUGACACGUUAUAUGAAGGUUCAGGAUUCAAUUAGUGUAGCGAUGAAAUUAGAGAAGUUAUGUACCUUUUGAAUCUCUCAUCAGCAAUAUGAACAAAAGAGCGGCUGUUGGUUACGGAGCGGGAGGGGGCAAAGGCGGGACCAGAAGAGGGGCGGGACUGGGAGAAGGAGGCCAGGGGAAUGCUAAUAGGGUGAUCCGGUUCAGAUGUGGGUUCACAAAUACCAUCUUGGAUGUGCUGAGGAACAGAGGCUGGAACCACGUGACUGAGGAGGGGGCAGACUGGGACUUCUAUUGGUGUGAUGUUGGCUGGAUGAGAGAGGUGUUCGACCACUGCUACAUGGAUGAGGGAGCUCGAAUCUGUCACUUCCGGAACCACUAUGAGUUGACUAGGAAGAACCUGAUGGUAAAGAACUUCAAGCGGUACCGCAAACAACUUGAAAGGGAGGCCGCAACGGCUGGAGGAAAGUCUGAGGCUCUUAAGAUGGACUUCUACCCUCCGACGUUUGAGUUGCCGACCGAGUAUCACAUGUUUGUGGAGGAGUUUAAAAAACACCCUAGUGCAACUUGGAUUAUGAAGCCAGCUGCGAAGAGCCAGGGCAAGGGCAUAUUCCUGUUCCGAAAACUCAAGGAUAUCACAGACUGGAAGAAGAACAGUGUGUACAAGCCAGCCUCUCAGCAGAACCACCAGGACAGUCAGGGGGAGAAGGAGGCGCAAGUGGAGACAUACGUGGUGUGCAAGUACAUCGACAACCCAUACCUAGUCGGAAACAAAAAGUUCGAUGUCAGGUUUUAUGUGCUGGUGUGUUGCUAUGCGCCUCUGAAAGUGUGGCUGUACAGGGAGGCAUUUGCCCGCUUCUCAACUGUAAGAUACAAUCUGGAGAGCAUUGAGGACAAUGUGGUCCACCUGACCAAUGUGGCCAUCCAAAAGUUGGCUCCAGACUAUGACCCAGAGAGGGACUGCAAAUGGAGUUUCGCCAGCUUGAAGAGAUACCUGACUGCAAAGCAUGGCAAUGAAGAAGUGGCCCAGCUGAUGAGAGAAAUUGACGAACUAGUCAUCUACAGUCUCAAGAGUGUACAGAAGAUCAUCAUCAAUGACAAGCACUGCUUCGAACUAUACGGCUAUGACAUCAUGCUGGACACUGCAAUGAAACCAUGGCUGUUGGAGGUCAAUGCCUCUCCCUCCCUGACCGCAUCCUCACCACAGGACUACGAGUUGAAGUACAGACUACUGGACGACAUGGUCACUGUGAUCGACAUGGAGAACAGACUCACUGGAAAGGAGAAACGCAUCGGUGGCUUCGACUUGAUGUGGCACGACGGCCCAGUGCUAGUAAAUGACGGAGGAGUGGAGUACACCAGUGCCCCUGGACACUGCACCAACUCAUUCCUAGGCUGCUCGAAUGAGAACAGACAGAAACAGUUGAAGCAGAUGAUGCGCCAGGCCAACAUCGCCAAGAGACACAACAACCCAACUCAGCCUAAUCAGAAUACUAGUGUGCAGCAAUCUGCUGCUGCGGGAGUGGCGUGAGCAAUAGGGAUGUUGAUUGUAGCUGCGAACUAGAGUAGUUUUGACUCGAACUAUCCGUUUAUUUCCAGUAGUCCGCAAUCGAAGAUAGUGGAAAUUGAUUGGAGGGUUUGUCUCGACCAUCGAACUGUAACUGUGGCUUUCCCAGACAAUAGAUCAAUUUAGCGGUGCUUGGAAUAUCACAACUAAUUAUUGUUUCAAUUGAAAAAUAGUUUCCGUAGCUCACUGAUUAUUCGAUGUGUAAAUUGUAAAAAUUGUAAAUAAAAUAGCGUAAAAAUAUUCAUAGGCGUAAAUUUUAAAAUAUUGUUCAUGAUUUUUUGUAGAUUAUGCAUUUUGUGUUGAUGUAAAUACUGUCAAUAGCAAUUUUGAACCGAAGAUUUUAA